AUGGCUUUGGAAAUCUUGUUAAUGUUUGAACAACAAAUAUCUUAUAUCUCCGAUGAAAUCAAUUAUCAUUAUAUUAAAAAAUUGGCUGAUGACAUGACUGAUGCUAUUAUUAAAGCCUUUGCGAACGAAGAAACUACAUCGUCAAGCAAUUCAAAGCCAGUUGAUCUAGCUGAGUUUGCUAUCAAGACUAUUGCCAGUCCUACUUUUAGCAAGAAACACAUGACUUCUUACCUGUCAAAAGGUACUGGAAGUGAAUUAAAAGUUUUACCAGAAAAGAAAAAGAUCAGAGCCUCCGAGUUAUUAAAAAAUAUUGGCAUUAGGACUGUCGAGGACAACACAGUAAAGUACUACAAAUUGAAGGGGGAAAAAAGCGACAUUUGUGAAUAUGGCUUCCGCCAAAAAUCAUUCCUUGAGGGCUCUGGCUCAAUCAAUAAAAAAUCUUACGAGCUUUUGGAUUCAUCUGCUAUUAAAAAAAACUUCAAAUAUCAGACCCAAUUGGGCAAAGUUGAAAAUGUUGAAGAUCUAAAACACUAUGCUCAAAAUAUAUUAAAUGAGGUCUUAGUAGACGAAAAGUCAUUGAUAGUAACGAUGCUUGAGAAAAUAAAGGGAGACGUACAUAGUUUUAAUAGUUCAAAUGACAGUGUAAAACAACUAGUCCAAGAGAACAUUGAAAAAUUUUUAGAAACUUUAAAUGUCUCCGAUUUUAAAAACUGCAGUAAAGACAUAAAGGAAUUAAUGCCAAUGAUGAAAGAAAAUACGGAAAAAAUUAAUUUACUAUUGUAUCAUUUAGCUGAACAAAAUGGCAAACUGUUCGAUCCAAAUCAAAAUGUUAGAAAUCUAGAAAGUAAAAAUAACGGAACUAAAAGGACAGAUAAAAAAACAGAGGACAAUACUGAAAAUACUGAAAUGAUACGUAGCCAAAAUCAACAGAACGGUUAUACAUCGGACGAAUUGAAAAAUAAAAAUAAAGAAUCUGAUGAAAAGCAAAGCUCAAAGCCAACAGCUGCAGCGACCUCUCAAGGUAAAAGGAAGGGUAAAAUUGAUGCAUUCAAUUGUAUAUGCAAUCAGAAUCAAAAUAAUGAUUCUACCAUGAUACCAAAAUAA